CCAUACUUCAUUUUUGUCCAAGGUGCCCCUGGUGGUGUUCAAACGUGAGAAGGAGAUAGCGAGGAAGUUGGAGUUUGCCGGCCUCUACAUCACAGAGCAGCCGUCAGAUGAUGACAUCAAAGGGCAGUGGGACAGAUUGGUCAUCAAUACUCCAUCCUUCCCCAACAACUAUUGGGACAAAUUUGUCAAACGCAAAGUGAUCAAAAAGUACGGAGACCUGUAUGGAGCUGAGAGGAUAGCAGAGCUGCUAGGGAUGGAUAAGAGCGCCCUUGAUUUCAACCCUACAGAGGAAACUGUCGCCAAAGAGGCCUCGCUUGUGUCAUGGCUGAGCUCAAUCGACACAAAGUAUCAUGUGUGGAAAUUGGGAGUGGUGUUUACGGACAAUUCCUUCCUGUAUCUGGUGUGGUACACCACCAUGUCCAUCCUGGGUCACUACAACAACUUCUUCUUCGCUGCUCACCUGCUGGACAUCGCCAUGGGGUUCAAGACCCUCCGCACCAUCCUCUCCUCCGUCACACAUAAUGGCAAACAGCUGGUGUUGACGGUCGGCCUGCUGGCAGUUGUGGUCUAUCUCUACACUGUGGUGGCCUUCAACUUCUUCAGGAAGUUCUACAAUAAGAGCGAAGACGAGGAUGAGCCAGAUAUGAAGUGUGACGACAUGAUGACUUGUUACCUGUUCCACAUGUACGUCGGUGUGAGAGCCGGGGGGGGCAUCGGGGAUGAGAUCGAGGACCCCGCUGGUGACCCCUAUGAGCUCUACCGCAUCCUGUUUGACAUAACUUUCUUCUUCUUCGUCAUCGUCAUCCUCCUGGCCAUCAUCCAGGGUUUGAUCAUCGAUGCCUUUGGAGAGCUGAGAGACCAGCAGGAACAAGUGAAAGAGGACAUGGAGACCAAAUGCUUCAUCUGUGGGAUCGGCAACGACUACUUCGACACAACACCUCACGGCUUUGAGACUCACACCUUACAAGAGCACAAUUUGGCCAACUACCUGUUCUUCCUGAUGUACCUCAUCAACAAGGACGAGACGGAGCACACUGGCCAGGAGUCUUAUGUGUGGAAGAUGUACCAGGAGCGCUGCUGGGAUUUCUUCCCAGCCGGAGACUGCUUCCGCAAGCAGUACGAAGAUCAGCUUGGAUAGAGCAGAUGCAUCCUCUUUACCUCUAUUCAAAUAAUGUGGGCUGCUGGAACAUGUAGUCCUGCAUACAGUUACUGCACUACAACAACACACAGUCAUCCCGCCAACGCUUCAGACUGGCUUGAGGAGAGACAAAGCUACUUUUUUAUCUAAUAAGAGAAAUGUCUCCCGCUCGUCUUUGGUGUACCUUUGUUGGUGCGGCAGCAGUCCAUGAGGAAACGACCUGUCACUCGCCCAGAAAUUAAGAUGUAUUUUAAUUUGGGACUCGUCUUUGACAGCGUGUUGCCUUUUACUCCACAUAACCCCAAAUCAUUGCACAAUUUUUAGUUUUGUCUUUUUGAGAAACACUGGGUUUUGUGGGGUUAUGGGACAAUGUGUCAGUCAUAUUAUGCACAAGAACCCAACUUCAAUAUUCUGAAAAUGUUGAACUUGAGACUUAAUGCCAAAAGAAUAAUGGAGGAGUUCAGUAGAUUUACAUAGUGCGCAAAAAUGUGAUAUGAGCAUUUUUUUUCAAGAUGUUGUAACCUUGCAUAUUGAGAUGAUGUUUUAGAAUGAAGUGGCAAAAAUGUUUAUUACAUAGGGUUUAAGAAAAUAAAUGCCUAAUUUCUUCAUGAAGUGCCUUACAGUACUGUAUCUACAUUACAAUGAAGCUAUGCAAAAGUUUUGUUUCUUCUUUAUUGUAUGUAAGUACAGUAAUUCUCCUGGAGCAGAUACAAGUAGCUGUCCAGAUGUGUAGUUUGUGGCUGAACUUUUUCAUUUGAACAUGGAAGAACAGCAUUGGUUGGAUUUGACCGAUGCUUUUGCUGAAUGCAGCAUAACUAACUGAACACCUUCAAAAAAGAACAAAAUGUAAUAGCUAUUGUAUGGCCAUUUGUAUGUAGUAGCUUUGCUGAUCUGUGCAUUUCUUUUAAAGUAAAAAAUUAAAGAAAUCAGUGCAAGAAAUAUU